CUCUGGUCAACGACGUCCGCGUCAUAGCGAGAGCAUGCACAGGUCAAGGAGUGAUGUGGUUUAGAGACACCGGGUUACCUCGUUGAUCUGGUCGUCUAGCUCUCUGACCCCUCGAGUUGACUCCCUAACAAGCCAUCGUUGCAAACGGACUGACACUAGAUCUAUCUUCGCGAUGCCUGCCUACCACUCGUCUUAUAACGAUGAGCCGACACAGCUCGUCGGGAACGUCGGGCUUCUGCCCUUCAACUCUCGGGUCAGAGGACCGGCUCCGACUCCUGAGGAUCCUUCAAGACCCGACAUCAUUGAAGAGAGCUUGGACCUCUUCCGAGCCAACUGCCUCUUUCGGAACUUCGAGAUCCAAGGGCCUGCCGACCGAACGCUCAUCUACCUCAUCCUCUUCACCCACGACUGCCUCACCCGCGUGGCACCGAGUCCCGGCAAACCAUCGCCUGCUUAUCCCGAAGCAACCAAGGUACUGCAGACACUAGCGGUUGACCACUUCUCCGUUCCCGGAGAAGCUGGGUUCCCCCUGAACAGUUUGUACAAGGGACCUUCGGACAAGGCGCAGACCGACGCACUUCGAUCGUACCUCUUGCAGGCUAGGCAAGAACUCGCCGCUCGUCUCUGUGACAGGAUUUACCCUAUCGAACCUGAAACACAGCAGGAUGGCACACCUACCCCUGCCGAGAGGCAAGGUCAGCGGGUAACCAAGCCUAGCAAAUGGUGGAUGAGCUUCCAGAAGAGAAAGUUCAUGGGUCGAAGCUUGUCCUAAAGCGCCGAUCAGCCGAACCGCCAUAUUUCCUUUCAUCCGGUUACGCUACGGGUUGUAGUCAAAGCGAUCAUAUGAGACCAUGUUUGUAUACUGUCUGGCCGUCGAAAUCCGGGACCGGCCGUUGCGUAGGCGCCGAAAAGAGAACGGGUCGAGAUGUGCUGUUCUGCAGAUCCAUUCGAACCCGAGCCUGAUUGACAGUCUACCGUUGGAUGCUCAGUAGGCCAAGAAUAAUAUAUAGUUAUAUCGCAUGACAAGAAUGCCAAACCUGCU